UGCCCGACCGCAAUUGAAAUUAAUAUAAAAUUCAGUGAGAACGUUCGCUUGAGGGCAGGACCGAUCGACAGCAACAAGAGUAUCAGUUUAGAUAACUUAAGAACCAGAUCACUAUUUUUUUAAUCUCCUACUUCAAAACCUACAAUAAACCUGUUCCAAAAUUCAAACUUCAACCAAAACCCUAAACAUGUCUGAAGUUCAAACAACUUUGAUUCAGGAUGAUCCUGCCCCAAUGAAAUUGAACGUUGCUCCAAAAGUAUUCUAUUUUGCAGUCGGUCCAAAUUCCCAUGAGGUCACUUGUCCAUUUUGCAAGAUCCAAGCCAAGACCACCGUUAAGAGGAAAUAUCUUAAAUGCUAUCGUCAGCAUUAUUGUUCCAGUUGUGGCGAAUAUUUGGGAACUUUUCGAAGACCGCAACUUUAGAUUUAAUUAUUAUUUUAUGUUAAUUUAAUUUAUGUAUAUUUUCGCACUUCUCUCACAAUAAAAACAAAAAUAAAAAUAAAUAUCUAAACAUUUUUUCGUUUUA